GACACGGAAGUGGGUGGUAGAGGAAGUAGCUGGUGAUGCUGGAACAAACAUGGCCGUCCCGGUUCCCCUCGGCUGCUCGGGCUCCUACUGUCUGCGGCUGCUACCACUGCUGGCGCUGCUGGAGCUGCUGGUCGACCCCGGCCUGGGUCGCGUCCACCACCUGGCGCUCAAAGAUGAUGUGAGGCAUAAAGUCCAUCUGAACACCUUUGGCUUCUUCAAGGACGGCUACAUGCUGGUCAACGUCAGCAGCCUCUCUGUGAAUGAGCCCAAGGGAACCGUGGACCCAAAUGCUGAGAUCGGCUUCAGUCUAGAUCGGACCAAGAACGAUGGCUUUUCUUCUUACCUGGAUGAAGAUGUGAAUUACUGUAUUUUAAGAAAACAGUCUAUGUCUUCUGUCACCCUUCUCAUCUUAGACAUCUCCGGAAGUGCAGUCAAGGUCAGAUCCCCACCAGAAGCUGGCACCCAGUUACCAAAGAUCGUCUUCAGCAAGGACGAGAAAGUCCUGGGUCAGAGCCAGGAGCCUGCUGUCAGUUCCACGCCCGAAGUCAGCAAGGGGCAGAGAGCCCAAGAUGGUUCGAAGACUAGAAGAAGUGCAGUGGAUUCCAAGGCAACAGCAGAGAAAUCCUUCUCGAUUCAUAAGAACGAUGGGGCAGUUUCAUUUCAGUUCUUCUUUAACAUCAGCACUGAUGACCAGGAAGGCCUCUACAGCCUUUACUUCCACACGUGCCCCGGCAGCAAGGCGAGGCCUGGUGAGCAGGUCUCCUUCAGCCUGAGUAUUGACAUCACCGAGAAGAACCCUGACAGCUACCUCUCUGCUGGGGAGAUCCCUCUCCCCAAGUUGUACAUUUCCAUGGCCUUGUUCUUCUUCCUUUCUGGGACCAUCUGGAUUCAUAUCCUUCGUAAGCGAAGGAAUGAUGUGUUUAAAAUUCACUGGUUGAUGGCGGCCCUUCCUUUCACCAAGUCUCUUUCUUUGGUGUUCCAUGCAAUCGACUACCACUACAUCUCCUCGCAGGGCUUCCCGAUUGAAGGCUGGGCUGUUGUGUACUACAUAACUCACCUUCUAAAGGGGGCGCUGCUGUUCAUCACCAUCGCUCUCAUCGGCACUGGCUGGGCCUUCAUCAAGCACAUCUUGUCUGAUAAAGACAAGAAGAUCUUCAUGAUCGUCAUCCCGCUCCAGGUGCUGGCAAAUGUGGCCUACAUCAUCAUAGAGUCUACUGAGGAGGGCACGACAGAGUAUGGCUUGUGGAAGGACUCUCUGUUCCUGGUUGACCUGCUGUGCUGUGGCGCCAUCCUCUUCCCAGUGGUGUGGUCAAUCAGACAUUUACAAGAAGCCUCAGCCACAGAUGGAAAAGCUGCCAUUAACUUAGCAAAGCUGAAGCUUUUCAGACAUUACUACGUCUUGAUCGUGUGCUACAUCUACUUCACCAGGAUCAUCGCCUUUCUUCUCAAGUUCGCUGUUCCAUUCCAGUGGAAGUGGCUCUACCAGCUGCUGGAUGAAACAGCCACGCUGGUGUUCUUUGUCCUGACGGGGUAUAAAUUCCGUCCGGCUUCAGAUAACCCCUACCUGCAGCUCUCUCAGGAGGAAGAUGACCUGGAGAUGGAAUCUGUAGUGACGACGACGACAGGAGUGAUGGAGAACAUGAAGAAAGUCAGGAAAGUGACCAAUGGUGCUGUGGAGCCCCAGGGUGACUGGGAAGGCACGGCGUGAUAGGACCCGCUCUGAGGAUCCGCUGUCAAUGAAAACUAACUUAUUCCUAGCCCCGUCCGUGAGCCAGCGUGUCCUGACAGGACUGUGCCAUCUCCCAGCAGUGACUCCAGCGCUCAUGGCGCAGCUGAGUGCCGUGGACACCUCCUUUUGUACUCUUAGAGAAUCCGGACUGCAGUGGGCUACAGGCAGCUAGGACUGUCCCUCAGGGAGGGGAGGAGGAUUGAGGAGGAGGGAAGGAGGGCGGCUGGGUUUCCUUGCUGACUGGGAGAACCCCAGCAGCUGCCUCUCAGGAAGGCUGUGGUGGUGGGAAGGGAAGGCUGCCACUGCUCACGGAGCUUUGGAGGCUGAGGGUGCGGCUCACUGCUUGGCCAAGCAUUCGUGAGGCUCUGGGUUCAAUUCCUAGUACCGGGGUGGGGGGAAAGAAGCUACCCUGGGAUGUAUUCUGGUGUCUGCCAAGAACACAAAGAAGAGAAGGAGAGAUUGCCCGCCUUUGGGGAACAAAAGCAACAGAAAUGAAUGAAAUGGUUUUAGAAAGCCAAAUAGUCACCCUAGGUGGUCUGAAGCACCUGCCCAGGGCCGCUGGCCCCAUGCACCACUCUAAGUGUUGUCCUCUCUUCUAACGGUGACCCAGCACAGUGGCACUGGAGGCCAGCUGAGAGGGCCCAUCACAUUGCUGAACAGGCCACUGCCAGCCCCACAGCCCUGCUGGGGAGAAUCGCUGUCUCCAGGCAUGUCUGGAGGGAGAGGAGCCUUGGAGCUCCAGAAGUGUUCUCCGGCUGGCUCUGCAGACUCCAUCCCCCUGCCUGUCCAGAGCAGCCCCUCUGCC